GAUCAAAUCUCUUCAAGGAUCCCAGCCGAAAGCCAUUUUGUUUUUCAGGACACUUUGCAAGGGUACCUACCUGAAGCGAAUUUGCAUCAAAGCAGUAGUUGGGUUGUCGCAGUUAUUUCUUCAGCUUCACGAUGUUUCCCUUUGCCAAAAACGCACUAAGUCGUCUCCCAGUUCGAAGCAUUCAGCAAACAAUGACAAGGCAGAGCCACCAGAAACGUAUACCUGAUUUUCAUGACAAAUAUGGUAAUGCUGUAUUAGCUAGUGGAGCUACUUUCUGUAUUGCUGUAUGGACAUAUGUAGCAACACAAAUUGGAAUAGAAUGGAACCUGUCCCCUGUUGGCAGAGUCACCCCAAAGGAAUGGAGAGAUCAAUAAUCAUCCCAUCUGGUGUAAUACUGAAUAGUUAAAAAAUUAACUCAUAAUUGAUGCCAAGUAAAAACGCUGUGUACCCAUUAAAAUAUGGCAUUGUUGAAGAAAUAAAGUACAUUUGAAACCUUCA